UGUGGCCGCCAUCUUGGUUGCCGGAGCCCCUGGAGCGGGAGCCAGGGGGCGGCGGCGGCGGCUGGAGGGAGAGAGAGAGAGAGAGAGAGAGAGCGCUGUUGCCGGUGCUCGGUCUGCGUCAAGGAGCCGCAGGGACGGCGUGAACCCCCGGCCAUUCCGGGUCCGAGAGGAGCCAGUGAUAACAGGCGUUAGAAGUUAUACAACUCUUUGUCAAGAUGUCGUACAUGUUGCCACAUCUCCACAAUGGCUGGCAAGUGGACCAGGCCAUUUUGUCAGAGGAGGAUCGUGUUGUCGUCAUUCGCUUUGGUCAUGACUGGGAUCCAACUUGUAUGAAGAUGGAUGAGGUGUUGUACAGUAUUGCUGAAAAAGUGAAAAACUUUGCUGUUAUUUAUCUUGUGGAUAUCACAGAGGUACCAGACUUCAACAAAAUGUACGAGUUGUACGAUCCGUGCACAGUUAUGUUUUUCUUCAGAAAUAAGCACAUCAUGAUUGAUUUAGGCACCGGCAACAACAAUAAAAUUAAUUGGCCUAUGGAAGACAAACAGGAGAUGAUAGACAUUGUUGAGACAGUUUACAGAGGAGCCCGCAAGGGAAGGGGUCUUGUAGUAUCUCCAAAGGACUACUCCACUAAGUAUAGAUAUUGAGGUGUCGUGUAUGAUCAGCUGAACAGUUUUCUAUAAGCUCCAUCUUGAAAGCUAUCACCAGUGUACAUAAACCACCAACCUUCAGAUUGCGCAUCUAUGAUUCUAUGUUUGCAUUGGAUGUCCUUAUUUUAUCUACCAUACGAUUUAUAAACUAUACAUGAUUGCAAAGUCUUGUUUUUUCUUAAAUCCAUAUUUUCUGUUGAGCUAAAUAGAAAUUGUUUUUUUUUUUAACCAUUUAUUAUUUUUAUAAAAAGGACUCUUCUGUAACUGUGCACUGAGUCUGGUAAUUUUUGAUACAAUACUUUGAAUAUUUGAAUCACUUUAGUUCAUGCUUUGUUGACAUCCAAAUAAAAACUGAAGAAUAACACAUCAUUGGAUUUGGGUUCUCUGAUCGUGAUGCUGAUGGAAAUCCAUUUAAAAUAGUUUUUGUUGUCAUUUUGAUUGGAAAGAUGUAAGCUACUGUUUUCUUUUUAACAGUGGUUAUGUACUGUAUUUUUUUAACCAACUAUGUACUGGGCUAAAUUUUCAGCCAGCAUUGGGAAGAAAAUAUAAAAUGUAAUUAUUUUAAAUGUUGACAGGCAUCAAUGUUUACUGCAUUUAUUCUUGGCCACAUAUCUAACUUUUACAUAAUAUUUAUUGUUGUUUCCUCCCCUGCCCCCAAACACACACAAUUAUGUGCUUGUUUGUCUGUGUUGUGGAUUUGGGCUCAGGCUCCACAGUCUUCAAACUCUUAUAGUUGGUUUGUUACUAUGCAUUUAAUAACAUUAAUGUGUGUUGUCUUUUUAUAAAAAAAAGGAUGACAUGAGAACAGUUCAGAUUUAUUCUCGUAUGACCUGAGCACACUAUAAGCUACUUGCUUACCAGUUAACUUGGCAAACAGUUGCUUAGAUUUGAUCAAAGCGAUUAUUGUCUUUGAAAUGUAAACACGGGUACAAUUUCUUGAUUAAGUGAAUUGAUUCUUGCAUCUGUGAGCCUCAAAUCCUGUUUACAAUUUUUUUUGAUGCCAUUAUGCCUUUUCAAAGGCUAAAACUAUAAACGUGUCUUAAUAUAAAAGUAA